AUGGCCAGUCGCGACGUCCAGACUUCCGAGUUCUUCCAGCGCAAAGUGGACGAGCUCGUAAGGAAGUAUGAUCGCAUCACUGAGCCCAAUGCUGUUCUGCAGGCCAUCCUUCAGGAUCCCGAGAGCAUGAGAUCUCUCGUCGAUGCAGUUCAACGCCAGGCAUCGCUCGUGAGACACCGGUCUCGGAACGUUGAAGACGCAGAGAUUACUGUCUUUGACAACGCUUUAAUGAUUCUGUCCAAUGGUGGCCAUGAUACCCAAGACGUCGGAGCGCUCGAACUCUACCUGGCCGAAUAUCUUGGGGUCUGUACUUUUUCUCCCAUUGCCCAUGCUAAACAGGCUUUGCAUGACCAUGACAUCCUUCAAGACACUGUGACCAGAGCAACUGCAUCCCCCAGCAUCACCGACGAGGCUACAGCUACAGAGGAGCAACCCCAGACUCCCGAGCAAGCGCUCAAGACUCUCGUCCAAGACAACGAGCACUCUCGUAGACUGCAGCACAUACUUCCUCCAAGACCACCCCCCACCCUUGAGGAACUUCGUCGCCGCGAGCAAGUGGAACGAUUGAUUCAGAUGUACGAAAAAGCCAAGGCAGAAUACAGCAAGAAGGACCCCGAAGACAUUGACAUCAGCUUGGCCAAAUACUUCCGUGAUACAUCCGAAAACACGCUUCACUUUCUGCGAGUCAACGACAUGUCGGACCAUCCCUUGAUCCCCGAUAUCGAGAACUCGUUUGAACGUGCCAAGGGCAAAGCUGCUCAGUUGGCGGGCCGCGGACGUCACUUCGACGAGCCUCGUGCAACUAUUUCCACCCACAAUCAUCCUUCCAAGAAAAGAAGGGGACGUCGUCACCGAUACCGCGAGGUUGACUCCUAUCGUCCUGGCAAGCAGUGA